AUGACUCUCCUCUUAAGCCUGUCUUUUGCUGAGGAUGAGAUAGCACCUCUAACCUGCCCAGAAUACCAAGAGAGCAUUGAAGUCUCCUGUUAUGAGUUUCUGGGUCUACCAUGUUCAAGUUCCUUCCUCAGUGCACAGGGCUGGUGUGAGCGGGGUGGUGGACACCUGGCCAUUUUAAACGACGGAACCCAGCAGUUCCUACAGAUGCACCUGCAGCCGGAGCAGGACUGGUGGCUGGGAGACUGCCAUGGGCUGCAGGCGUGCCAGGCCACAGCAGAUAUGGCCUCCUUUGGUGAACCAUGCUCAGGGCUUGGAAGCUACCUGUCUGUGGAAUACAACUGCAGAGAUGGUCUCCACUUAUUAAUGAGCAAGUUGGCUGCUGUUUUUGACAAUGUCUCCAUAACAUUGAAGUGGCUUCUCCAUCCAUUCCAGGGCAACCUGACCUGCACUCUAAGUGCUGGAGAUGGGCACAACAUUGAUCCUUAUAGUCCAGAAGAGUUGGAGAGCAGAGUGGUUCAUAAAUACACCUAUCCUGGUAUCUUCAUGGGUCGGGUGGAGUGUACCACCAGUGAGUGGCAUGUGACAGCUCAGAAAGCCAUCACCAUUCAGGAGCCCAUCGGGGAGUUUGGCGUCAUUAAGUGCUGUAGCAUGAACCAAUCAACAGAUGGUGCAAACUGCAAGGCCCUGUACGGAAGCCCCCUUCAAAUCCAGGUAGAAGUAGAAGCUGGUACGAAUGUGACCAACAAACUCCACAGUGGUGAGAUGUUGGUGGCCAAUUCAUCAGCAGUCAGAGGAAUCAUCCCCCACAACAUCACAGUGGGACCAGAGGUGGAGCAACAUCUGGGCUCUGGCUGCCACCAGCUGACCCUGCAUGCCUCUAAUGGGGUCUCGGUCUUGGGCGUGUCCACUGAGCUGCAGGUGUGUCUGCUGGAGCCUGUGGAUGGCCUGCUGGGAUCAGUGAUGGCUGAGGAGGGGGAGUGUCCAGACUCAGACCUCUAUGUUAGUGUCUCCCUAGACCGGGGAGUCCCGGUGCAGCUUCUCUUCCAGGUGUCUGGAGCCAACGACAGCAUCUCUGAGACCAGAGACAUGCAAAACAGCAGCAUGCAGGUGUGGCCAUCCAACUCCAGUUCCUCAGUGGAGAAUCUGCAGUCUGUGGUUGAGAACACAGUCGCUCAGCUACAGCAGCAGGGGUUGCUCACUGGGGAGACCCUGGGACAGAUGUUCAAGUCUGUGUCCGGCAUUCUGAAUAAGGGCAGUGAGGAUCAGAAAGGUGUCAGGGAGGAGCUAGAAGCUAGCCCCCUGGUGGCAGACCUCCGCUCUUCCCUCCUCUCCAUGAACGUCAUUUUCCGUGUGUUGCGCCUGGUGGUGUAUGGUCAGCGGGACCCUAACGCUUGCUUCCUGACUCUGCACAUUUGGCAGAGCUUCAGCCAAGGGAUCUCAGACAGCAUGAGCCACAGAGAUGUGUUCACUGGUGCAAAUACCUCUCUUCUCAGCAACCUCUUUGGAGACUACCUAGGUUUCAUCACAUGUGGGAACUCCAAACUGGUUGGUAAUGCCCAUCUUUGCCAGGUGAGGGUGCAGAAGAACUCCUGCCAAAUGGCUGUACCUGACUGCCAUGCUCCAUACUCAUGGGAGGUGGAGGACAUGGGCUCCUAUGGGCCAGGCUGGAACCGCUCUGCGAGUGAAAACACCUCCAAGACCCUCCGCAGCCCCUGGCAGUACCAAACCCAGACCCGACUCAGAGCUCAACCCAUCUGGGGCAGUGUGGUUCUCUACAGGGGAGGGGGGUCUGUGGAGGACCUGGGCCCUGACUCACAGAAUGCUAGCAGUACCUUUCAGUUUCUGUUUGACCACACCUGGCUUGAUAUGUUCACCCGAGCAGUCUUUGUAGAGUUCACAGUGUACAAUGCCAAUGUCAACCUCUUCUGCAUUGUCACACUCAUGCUGGAGACCACAGCUGUAGGAGCGUUCCAGUUUCGCAGUGAGCUGCAGAGUGUCCGACUAUACCAGUCCACUGGUGGACUCCACAUCUUUGUCAUGGCCUCUGAGGUCAUCUAUUUCCUCUUUAUCUUCUACCACAUGAAUGUUCAAGGAAAGCUGAUGAAGCAGCAGAAGUGGGCUUACUUCAAGACAAAGUGGAACCUGCUGGAGCUCACCAUCAUCCUCCUGAGCUGGAGUGCACUGUCUGUCUUCAUUAAGAGGAGCCUGCUAGGGAACCGGGACAUGGAGUACUACCACAACCAUAAAGACCAGUUUGCCAGUUUCCAUGAGACAGCCACAGCAGAUGCAGUGCUGGGGUAUCUGAUUGCAUUCCUGGUGCUACUGGCUACAGUCAAACUGUGGCACCUGAUGAGGUUCAAAUCCAAGCUACACAUGAUCACAGCCACAGUGCAACGUGCCUGGACUGACAUAUCAGGCUUCAUACUGGUCAUCACUAUUAUGUUCCUGGCCUAUUCUAUCGCUUCUAAUCUGAUGUAUGGCUGGAAGCUAUACUCAUAUAGGACUCUCCUGGAUUCUGCUCUGACCAUGGUCAGCUUGCAACUGGGCAUCUUCAACUAUGACGAGGUUCUUGAUUACAACCCGGUGCUUGGUAUGUUCGUCGUCGGUUCCUUCAUUAUAUUCAUGAGCUUUGUGGUUCUGAACCUGUUCAUCUCAGUCAUCCUGGUGGCGUUCACUCAAGAGCUAAUACAUCACAAGCCCUCAGAGGAGAAGAUAGUGGAUUGGAGGCCGAUGAAGCUCUGCAGCUUGCUUGGAAUCAAAGUUAAGAAGGAAGACAGCGACAGCCCCAAGGAGGAUGGCAUGACUGCUUCAGCAACUAACAGAGGAUUCUCCACUAUAUCCUCAUAG